AUGACUGCUGAAGGAGAUUCAUUCUUGGCCAAAUGUUCGGUGGUAAUGAUUGCUGGAAGAGAUUCAUUCUCGGCCAAAUGUUCGUUAGUAAUGAUUGCUGAAAGAGAUUCGUUCUUGGUCAAAUGUUCAUUG